GUGAUGAACCCCUUGUGUCUGGGCUCUCCCAUGCAGCUUUCAGCAGCUCGUCCUCCAUGUCUGCAAGCUAUUCUCCGGGCUAUGCCAGGAUCAACAAGCGAGGGGGUGCCGGGGGAUGGUCUCCAUCUGACAGUGACCAUUAUCAAUGGCUUCAGGUUGACUUUGGCAAUCGGAAGCAGAUCAGUGCCAUUGCAACACAAGGAAGAUACAGCAGCUCAGACUGGGUGACCCAAUACCGCAUGCUCUACAGUGACACUGGGAGGAACUGGAAACCUUAUCAUCAAGAUGGGAAUAUCUGGGCAUUUCCCGGGAACAUAAACUCUGACAGUGUGGUCCGGCAUGACUUACAGCAUCCUGUUGUUGCCCGCUACGUGCGCUUCGUGCCUCUGGACUGGAAUGGAGAAGGCCGCAUCGGGCUCAGAAUUGAAGUCUACGGCUGUUCUUACUGGGCUGAUGUUAUCAACUUUGAUGGCCAUGUUGUGUUGCCAUAUAGAUUCAAAAACAAGAAGACGAAAACACUGAAAGAUGUCAUUGCCUUGAAAUUUAAAACCACCGAGAGUGAAGGGGUGAUCUUACACGGGGAAGGACAGCAAGGUGAUUACAUUACAUUGGAACUGAAAAAAGCCAAACUGGUCUUCAGUUUAAACCUAGGAAGCAACCAGCUUGGCCCCAUAUAUGGCCACACGUCCGUGAUGAUGGGGAGCCUGCUGGAUGACCACCACUGGCACUCCGUGGUCAUUGAGCGCCAGGGCCGGAGCAUUGACCUCACGCUGGACAGGAGCGUGCAGCACUUCCGCACCAACGGGGAGUUCGACUACCUGGACUUAGACUAUGAGAUCACCUUUGGAGGCAUACCUUUCUCUGGUAAGCCCAGUUCCAGCAGCAGAAAGAAUUUCAAAGGCUGCAUGGAAAGCAUUAACUACAAUGGCAUCAACAUAACUGAUCUUGCACGAAGGAAGAAGCUGGAACCUUCAAAUGUGGGAAACCUGAGUUUUUCCUGUGUGGAGCCCUACACAGUGCCGGUCUUUUUCAAUGCCACCAGUUACCUGGAGGUGCCUGGACGGCUCCACCAGGACCUGUUUGUGGUCAGUUUCCAGUUCAGGACUUGGAACCCCAAUGGCCUCCUGCUUUUCAGUCACUUUGCAGAUAAUUUGGGCAACGUGGAGAUUGACCUCACUGAAAGCAAAGUUGGUGUUCACAUCAAUGUCACGCAGACCAAGAUGAGCCAAAUAGACAUUUCCUCAGGCUCUGGGUUGAACGAUGGGCAGUGGCACGAGGUUCGUUUUCUUGCUAAGGAAAAUUUUGCUAUUCUCACCAUUGAUGGAGAUGAGGCAUCCGCAGUUCGCACUAACAGUCCUCUUCAAGUUAAAACUGGAGAGAAGUACUUCUUUGGAGGUUUUCGGAACCAGAUGAGUAACUCAAGUCACUCUGUCCUUCAGCCUUCAUUCCAAGGAUGCAUGCAGCUCAUUCAAGUGGAUGAUCAACUUGUAAAUUUAUAUGAGGUGGCACAAAGGAAACCAGGAAGUUUUGCAAACGUCAGCAUAGACAUGUGUGCCAUCAUAGACAGAUGUGUGCCCAAUCACUGUGAGCAUGGUGGGAAGUGCUCACAAACGUGGGACAACUUCAAAUGCACUUGUGAUGAGACUGGAUACAGUGGGGCCACCUGCCACAACUCUAUCUAUGAGCCAUCCUGCGAAGCGUACAAACACCUAGGCCAGACUUCAAAUUACUACUGGAUAGAUCCUGAUGGCAGUGGACCGCUGGGGCCUCUGAAAGUGUACUGCAACAUGACAGAGGACAAAGUGUGGACCAUCGUGUCUCACGAUCUACAGAUGCAGACCACGGUGGUGGGCUACACCCCGGAGAAGUACUCGGUGACCCAGCUCGUGUACAGCGCCUCCAUGGACCAGAUCAGCGCCAUCACCAGCAGCGCCGAGCACUGCGAGCAGUACGUCUCCUACUUCUGCAAGAUGUCCAGGUUGUUGAACACCCCAGAUGGAAGUCCUUACACCUGGUGGGUUGGCAAAGCCAAUGAGAAGCACUACUACUGGGGAGGCUCUGGGCCUGGGAUUCAGAAAUGCGCCUGUGGCAUCGAGCGCAACUGCACAGACCCCAAAUACUACUGUAACUGCGACGCGGACUACAAGCAGUGGAGGAAGGAUGCUGGUUUCUUAUCCUACAAAGAUCACCUGCCGGUGAACCAGGUGGUGGUUGGAGACACCAACCGGCCAGGCUCAGAAGCAAAACUGAGUGUGGGCCCCCUGCGCUGCCAAGGAGACAGGAAUUAUUGGAAUGCUGCCUCUUUCCCAAACCCGUCAUCCUAUCUGCACUUCUCGACUUUCCAGGGGGAAACCAGUGCUGACAUUUCUUUCUACUUCAAAACAUUAAUCCCACAGGGAGUAUUUCUGGAAAAUCUGGGGAACACAGAUUUCAUCAAACUCGAGUUGAAAUCUGCCACAGAAGUGUCCUUCUCAUUUGAUGUUGGAAAUGGGCCCGUGGAGAUUGUGGUGAGGUCGCCCACCCCUCUCAAUGAUGACCAGUGGCACCGGGUCACCGCGGAGAGGAAUGUCAAGCAGGCCAGCCUGCAGGUGGAUCGGCUGCCACAGCAGAUCCGAAAGGCCCCGACAGAGGGACACACACGCCUGGAACUCUACAGCCAGCUGUUUGUUGGUGGUGCUGGAGGUCAGCAGGGCUUCCUGGGCUGCAUCCGCUCCCUGAGGAUGAAUGGGGUGACCCUGGAUCUGGAGGAAAGAGCAAAGGUCACUUCCGGGUUUAAAUCCGGGUGCUCAGGCCACUGCACCAGUUAUGGGGCUAACUGUGAGAAUGGAGGCAAAUGCAUAGAGAAAUACCAUGGUUACUCCUGUGACUGCUCCAACACGGCAUAUGACGGAACAUUUUGCAACAAAGAUGUUGGUGCAUUUUUUGAAGAAGGGAUGUGGCUACGAUACAACUUCCAGGCAUCCGGGAUCAGCGGCAAAGAGUCGGGCAGCAGAUCGGAGAGCUCACCGGAUCCACAGGGCCCACUGCCAGACCUGGCCCACGAGGAGAUUCGGUUCAGCUUCAGUACCUCCAAGGCGCCCUGCAUCCUCCUCUACGUCAGUUCUCUCACCACUGACUUCUUGGCGGUCCUCGUCAAACCCACCGGAAACUUACAGAUUCGCUACAACCUGGGUGGCACCAGAGAGCCAUAUAAUAUCGAUGUGGACCACAGGAACGUGGCCAAUGGACAACCCCACAGUGUGAACAUCACCCGUCACGAGAAGACCAUACUGCUCAAGCUGGAUCAUUAUCCUUCUGUGACUUACCACCUGCCAAGCUCAUCUGACACGCUGUUCAACUCUCCCAAGUCGCUCUUCCUAGGAAAAGUUAUAGAAACAGGGAAGAUUGACCAAGAGAUUCACAAGUACAACACCCCAGGAUUCACUGGGUGCCUCUCCAGAGUUCAGUUCAACCAGAUCGCACCUCUCAAGGCGGCCUUGAGGCAAACCAACGCCUCGGCGCACGUCCACAUCCAGGGCGAGCUUGUGGAGUCCAACUGCGGGGCCUCCCCGCUCACCCUCUCACCCAUGUCGUCUGCCACCGACCCCUGGCACUUAGACCACCUGGAUUCAGCCAGUGCUGAUUUUCCAUAUAACCCAGGACAAGGCCAAGCUAUACGAAAUGGAGUCAACAGAAACUCGGCCAUCAUUGGAGGGGUCAUUGCUGUGGUGAUUUUCACCAUUCUCUGCACCUUGGUCUUCCUCAUUCGCUACAUGUUCCGUCACAAGGGCACCUACCACACCAACGAAGCGAAGGGAGCAGAGUCCGCAGAGAGCGCAGAUGCUGCCAUCAUGAACAACGACCCCAACUUCACAGAGACCAUUGACGAAAGCAAAAAGGAGUGGCUCAUUUGAGGGGUGGCUCUUUGGCUGUGGGAUAGGGAGGGGGAAGGGAAAGGGACAAAAGCACCCUGCUUCAUACUCUUGAGCACAUCCUUUAAAAUAUCAGCACAAGUUGGGGGAGGCAAGCAACAGAAAAUUCUUGAGACUGAUCGUCACACACAAAAAAUAUAUAAUAAUACUUUUUAAUAUUUCUUUAUAGCUGAGUUCUCCCUUCUGUAUCAAAACAAAAUAAUACAAAAAUGCUUUUAGAGUUUAAGCAAUGGUUGAAAUUUGUAGGUAAAAUCUGUCCUAUUUUGUGUGUGUUUAGAGGUGUUCUAAAAAUCCAUGGUAACAGGGCAAGUUUUCUACAUUUUUAAGAGCCCUUAGAACGUGCAUAUUUUUUCUUGAGGAAAGCUGAUGCACCGACACGUGGCCUCCAGCAUUCUUUUCCUUUCACAUGUAGUCAACUUUUAAUGGGCUAUUGUAGCUACUAGUUCAUGUUCAUAUAAUGUUUAUUUUUGGUAUCCUAUAAAUUGGAGAAGGAAAGAAAGAGGCAAAGAGAACGUAUUAUUUGCCAGUUUUCAAUUAGACCUCAACCUGUGCCGAUUUUCCCAGAGUUCCUGCCUGAAGCAGUCAAAGGAAGAAGGUGUAUGGCACCUAUGAGGUAACAUCAUCAUCAACACAGCGGAGAGAAGCAUUAAGUACCAGGGCAAGUAGUUUCCCAUUGGGAUUGCUGGUUUUAUUUUUCAUUGAAUUCUGUGAGAUCAUAUUGUUCUAUGUUUGUAGUCUUAGAUCUGUUCAGUGUCUGUACCUAUCACUGAUUUUCCUCCGCUCUACCUACAACAUACUGGGUUAUGUUACAUGGAUGUGUAAGCAUCUCAUUGUAGGAUUAGAGGCACAUGUCAUGAUCCAUUUGCUCUGUUUCUUUCAUAGUUGUAGUAAGAAUAUGGACGCUGUCUGGCUAAUGCAUAAAUUAAGUGGUUCUCAGUUUGCUUUAAAUCUCUAGUUUUUAAGCCCCCGUGACAAACUAGCAGACAGUGAACGGACACAAUAAAGCCAAGUUGUGAUUGCUAUUUGUAUUUCUACUACUCUGGAGUCCUUUGGGGAAAACACUGCCAUGUUUUACAUCUACUCCCUGUAUUGCUCCAUCUAAAACAGACAUGCUGCGUUGCGUCAGCGAUCUUCCUUGGCAGAUACAUUUGAAGCUCUGGUUCACCACAAACCUGGUCUCCAAAAUUGCUUCUCAGAAAGAGUAUCUGUCUAGUCAUUUCACACUUCACUUUAGUCAGGAACUUUCACCAAUUAUCCCAACAAAUAACUCGUUGAUUUUAUUAAAAAAUAAUAGACUUAUAGUAUGUAAACUGAUGGGACAGCUCCUAUUGGAACAUCUAAAAAAUAAUUUCACUUAUUUAAUAAAGGAUUACAUAAAAGUUAUUUCUAGAAUGACUACCAUUUAUGGUCAGUAUAGUUCAGGCUCUUAUCCUUAAUACUUUUUUAAAAAAAUUUUAGACUCCAAUAUUUGACCACUUGUUUUCCUUCUCCUGCUAGGUAAGAUGAGGUUAAAAAGGUAUCAAUGCUAUUUUCUCAUAGCCUGCCUUGGUAAAAUGGAAAUUCUAGUUUACCUGUGUAUAUGCAUACUUUUCCACUUACUGGGUAUGCCAAAGUUAUUGGAGGACCUCAAUUUCCUGAGUCAGGAAAAUGUUGUCCAUAGCUGCCAGAGGUACGUGGCACAAGUACUGGCACAUUCCAUAGGAGACACAACCCAUUCAAGCCACGGUGACAGAACACACGGGAAUCCAAACCCCUUUUUCCAGUUGCUGACCUCAGGUCCUCUCAUGAAACUAAGAAGGGUCUUAAUCACUCUAAUGUAAAUCACAUUAAAAAUGAAAAGUAUUUCAUAUGAUAAAUAUCAGAACACUGUAACAUUUACAAAUGACAUAGAAAACAACGGCUAUUGAUUGAACCAAGAUGCCUCCAUUCAGGGCUCUUUUAUGUAUUAUCAAAUUGAAAAAGAAAAUUUUAAACGUUGUAUUACAGAUGUUUCUGAUUUUUUUUUAAACCUAUUUUACAGGCAUUACCUUUGUACUUAACAAAUAAUGCAGAUUGGUUAUUUCUUGCAUUUUCCUUGGUAGCUUUAUUCUCUAUAUAUUGUCUCAACACUUCCCCUGUUCCCCAAUAUGAUUAGGGAAUUGAAACAAUCAAAACAGUCCCUGAUAGGAAAAUGUUCUCACCCUUUCUCUUCUCUCUCUUCUUUCCACUUUCCUGCUAUAAAAUGUUAAAAGUAAUACCCAACACUUCUCUGACCGAAUUUCUAAACCUAGGGCCCUGGAAUGCCUCCCGGGAUCAGUGGGUCUCCCACAGCACCAUCAUUUGGGAUGUUUAGGACAGACAGAGGUAUGACCGUCUCUGCCCUUAAAGGGGUUACAAUCCUGCCAGCAGACAGGACACAAAAAGGUGGAUAAGGAAUUAAAGUGCCAAAAGAAGGCUGGAGAUCUGACUUCUCUUUGGGACUGUGGUCUUCACAAUAACUCCUGAGUCUGUUUAUGAUGCCUCUAUCCAGUCCUUUCUAAAUGGUUAACAACUUGUUUACGUGAAGAAAGGAAACCAGCUUCUUUCCAGCUCCCUCCCUUGAAAGUUCAGGACAGUGCAGCCUAGCCAGCCGGACACAGGGCCCAAGCGCGGUGCCUAAUCUUGCUUCGUUGGCCAUAUUCCGCAGAAUCGCAACAUCUUCCAUCCCAAUGCAUCAGCAGUCAAGCACAAAAGGCCAGCGGUAAUGCAUCUUUACAUAAUAAGAACAGACAAAAUAAAACCACAAAACUGUUUUUUCAAACAAGAGGCCGGUUUACCAUCACAGGGAAAGCUCCUCCUGGUCUUAGUGUUGCUUGUACAGGAAAUGGCUUCUGUGUAUAAAGCAAGCACCUAUGUCUGAGAAGCCAGCAGUGGGGACUUUGAAUGAACGUAAAACCAGUGCCAUUCUAAGCUCUCAAGAUACCAUUCCAUAGAGCUCAAGGAAGCUAGCUCCAAAGGUGAGACGUUAUUUUAUAGUUAAGCUCUUCUCCAGCUCUUCUGUAUAGGACUACAUUUUUCCUUGUGGCUUUCAACCAAUGGCUCAAGUCAAGAGACUUACAUGAAGUUUUUACUGAAGAGCUGGGAAUGAGAGUUUGGAGUGAGUGCCCUUGUUGGAAAAUGUCCUGUUGCCUGCAUUUGAUAAAUGAGCCACCUUUGCUAACAGGAGCAGGAAUUGAGGAGCACGGGGAAAAGAAUUGGUGCAAGCCGAAGAGAUUUUCAUGUUAUGGUUGAACAUCUGUUGAACCACCAGGUGCCAGCUGAGAGAUGGGCACAAAGACACAAGCCACAUCAGAGAAGGCACUUGAGGAAACAGCUACAGCUACCAGUUAUGAAAGCAGAGUGUCAGCGAAAGGUCAAGAAGAGGCUUUGAUUUCCCUCUAAAACAGGAUCAGUUCUUUUCUCAUCUUCCGCUUGUUCUUCCAGUGUGAACAUGUUCAUGGCUGCUUUAGGUCUCACACCUCCAAACGAUUAGCACCUGGUUUGAACCUCCUCCUAUGUGCUCCUUUUCUUCAUCCUACCAAGCAGUUUUCAAAAAGAAAGGCAGCAAAUUAUCAAAUCGAAUUAUUCAUUGAAUUCCAGUUAACCAGCCAAAUAUAGGUCACAAACUGCCAUCCCAGGAGAAUGAGCUGAUCCUGAAAUCAGUGAGAAACGAUAAUAGUGAGGCUUGCCAAUUUGGACUAAAAAACAAUGGGCACCAUUUUUUAAAUGACAUUUGGGGAGUGAGGACCCUGAGAGUCAGCUGACAGAGGCCCAACCCUUCCUCUUUCUCCCUGCUUUGCUCUGUGACUUUUGCCAAGUUGCUGAACCUCUGUCCUCCUUUGCCUAUAUUUAAGUUAGAGCUGUUUUACUGACUUUAUAAGACAAUUGUGAGGGGCCCCGAUUCCUGACGGGAGAAUACUUGGAAACCCAAAUAUAAGGGCCAGAGUCAACGGAGCCUAGUAGAAGACGUGCUUUCCGGGUUGUGGUUGUAAGUCAGAUCCAAAGAAACAACGUGGCCAUGUCGGGGAAGGUGGAGCUAUGCAGGGCAUCGCUGCACAACCAACUGCUAAGUUACUCAUCAGGUAGAGUGCCAAGGGGCCAACUGUCAACACUGCGCGAGGCAACACAGCC